GGCCAAGUUGACUUGAGAGAACCCUAGCAGUGGGACCAGGUCAGAAGCAAAGCAAGUCCCAAACUGAGUGUAUCUGGUCAAAGAUAUAUAUUCUUUUUAAAAGACAUUGUGUUACUGGAGCCAGGCCUGGAUCUUUUAGCAUCCAAUUGAGCUGGAAGCAGCUCAUAGGUUUUUUUGGUUUUGUUUUUUUUAUUCAUGUUUGUACAAUCUUCUGGAUUUUUUUUUUCAAGAAGGAGUAAAAGGGAGUGUUGGAAACUAACAAACAGGAUUAAAACCCUGGGCGCUUGAGGAAAACAGGUUAAGGAACUUAAUCCAGGAUGGAUAUGCAGGAGCCACAGCAGCUGGGUAUGUUUGCAGAGAGCGAGCUGAUGUCUGUGGGGAUGGACACUUUUAUCCAUCGCAUUGACUCUACGGAGGUCAUCUACCAGCCUCGGCGGAAAAGGGCCAAGCUCAUUGGCAAAUACCUGAUGGGAGACUUACUUGGAGAAGGGUCUUACGGCAAAGUCAAGGAGAUGUUGGACUCUGAAACCCUCUGUAGGAGAGCUGUGAAAAUACUGAAGAAGAAGAAGCUACGCAGAAUUCCCAAUGGGGAGGCAAAUGUGAAAAAGGAAAUUCAGCUCCUGCGACGAUUACGGCACAAAAACGUUAUCCAGUUGGUAGAUGUAUUAUACAACGAAGAGAAGCAGAAAAUGUAUAUGGUGAUGGAGUACUGUGUGUGUGGGAUGCAGGAGAUGCUGGACAGUGUCCCAGAAAAGAGGUUUCCAGUUUUUCAGGCUCACGGGUACUUUUGUCAGCUUAUAGAUGGCUUAGAAUACUUGCACAGCCAAGGGAUUGUCCACAAGGAUAUAAAACCAGGGAACCUCCUGCUAACAACCAAUGGGACACUAAAAAUAUCUGAUUUAGGCGUAGCAGAGGCAUUGCAUCCGUUUGCAGAGGACGACACGUGCAGAACAAGCCAAGGGUCGCCAGCAUUCCAGCCACCAGAAAUUGCCAAUGGCCUUGACACCUUUUCAGGCUUUAAAGUAGACAUCUGGUCCGCAGGGGUCACACUAUACAACAUUACAACGGGUCUGUACCCCUUUGAAGGGGAUAAUAUCUAUAAAUUAUUUGAAAACAUCGGGAAAGGUGACUACACAAUUCCAGAGGAUUGUGGUCCUCCGCUCUCAGACUUAUUGAGAGGGAUGCUUGAAUACGACCCAGCCAAGAGAUUUUCAAUACAGCAGAUAAGGCAGCACAAUUGGUUUCGUAAGAAACACGCUCAGGCAGAGGCUCUGGUGCCCAUACCUCCCAGCCCAGAAACGAAGGACAGGUGGAGAAGUAUGACGGCGGUGCCUUAUCUGGAAGAUCUGCAUGGCUACAAUGAGGAGGAAGAUGAUGACUUGUAUGACAUUGAAGAUGAUAUCAUCUACACUCAGGACUUCACAGUACCAGGACAGGUGCCUGAGGAGGAGGCAGGGCAGAACGGGCAGAGCCGCGGCAAAGGGCUGCCCAAGGCCGUGUGCAUGAACGGGACGGAGACGGGACAGCUGAGCACCAAAUCGAAGGCAGAGCGGCGGGCGAGCGCCUCUUCCAACCCCUCCCGCAAGGCCUGCUCUGCCAGCAGCAAGAUCCGCAAGCUCUCCACCUGCAAGCAGCAGUGAGGCAGGAGCCCCCGCGCUCUGCACAG